CAGGCUGCCAUCCCGGCAACGUCAUGGCGAGGCUCGGCGGCCGCUCCAGCUGAUCCGGCGGGAGGAGGACAGCACGUGGCGCCCGCAGGAAACGUAAACAAGAGCGUAAACAAAGACGUAAACAAAAACAGAGAGGAAGGAGAGGAGGGAGAGAGAGAGGAAAAGAAAGGAAGAGAGAAUGGCGCGGCAACGCAGAGCGAGGGGCCACAUGCCGGCCAGUGACAGUCUACAGCAGGAUCUUACCAUGCUGGAUGAUGCCAGAGGGCUUUGUAACUCGGAGCGCUCGUCGAGGAGGGAGGGCAAGCGCCGCCACAGGUCUGGGGGCCAUGGCUGGUGCCCCACGCUGCUCUACAUGAGUUUCGCGGGCAUUGUGAUCCUGGCCGUGGCGUAUUUCCUCUACAUAGGCUACAUGGAAACCAGGAUCAACACCCCUAUAUCAGCUGCGAAGGUUGUGGUUAAGGCAGGCUUGGAGUCACCGGAGAGGUACUGGGGAACGUACAGGCCAGGAGUGUACUUUGGGACGAGAGCAAGGCACCCGACGUCCAUUGUCACGGGCCUCAUGUGGUUCGUGCCAGGACACUUCCAGAAUAACAUGCUGGCUGUUAGGCAUUGGUGCGACCAGGCUGAUGACUUGCCUAAAUACGGGUGGGAAGUGCAUGAUGGCAGGAAUGUUGGGAUUCAGAAGAUCAUAGACAAGAAUGUUAUCCUGCAGACGAGCUUCGUCAAGAGACUGGGGGGUCAGCAUGGGGGUGACUGGUCAGCAAGGAUCAGUGCAAUGCCGAAGACCAAGAGACAAGUUGGAGGACAGGCUUCGCUACUCUAUUAUGUAGCUUUAGACCCAGACGAUAAAGAGGCGAUGAUACAGCCCAUGAUCGGCACGAGUCAGUCCUUAGGCUCACUCAGGGGCAUCUCAGACUCCGUGGGGGGAUUCCGACUGCAUGUCCUCAAUGCCAGCGGCACCGUUGUUAACCACCAUUUGCUCAGUACAAAGCACAUGGGGCUUCAUAUGCUCAAGGAAACCGUUUACAAGGGGCUGAGGGUGUUCCAAGGCAAGAGUGAGAAGGACAAGUACAUUGGGCUGGCGGGUGAGAUGUUCAGCCAUGAGGACACCCUGCGGCAGCCCAACUUUGUAGUGUUUCAAGUCACGGGGGAGUUGCCCUUCGAGGUUGACAUAGUGUAUGAGAGUGAUAGUUUCCUCAGGAGGCCUGGUAUGCUCAUGGGAGAAGCAUUAUCAGAGCAACUCAGUCUGUACGAAAAGAAGUUUCACAGUGACUUUGAAGAGAAAUUCUCAAUGGAGGCAAAAGGAUUUGGUGAAGAGGAGAUUGGCUUUGCUAAGGCUGCUCUCAGCAACAUGAUUGGCGGCAUUGGGUACUUCUAUGGAGCCUCGAGGGUGCUGGGUGAACACAACAGUGACCCUGUCCCUUACUGGAAGGCUCCUCUCUACACAGCAGUGCCUUCCCGUAGCUUCUUCCCAAGAGGCUUCCUUUGGGAUGAAGGUUUCCACAAUCUGCUAAUUUCAAAAUGGGACCGGGAAAUCUCUCAGGACAUUCUGGGUCACUGGUUUGACCUCAUGAACUGGGACGGCUGGAUACCCCGGGAGCAGAUCCUGGGAGUUGAGGCAAGAGCAAGAGUCCCAGAUGAGUUUGUAGUUCAAAGAGGCAAGAAUGCAAAUCCCCCAACGCUGCUGCUUACGCUGCAUUCCAUGAUGGCUGGAUUCAAGAGAGAGUUGUCUGAUGACGACUAUGAAUAUCUGAGUCACCUGUGGCCCAGGUUGCGAGCUUGGUAUAACUGGUUCAACACCACACAGCUGGGUGAAUUGCCAGGGACGUACAGGUGGCGUGGACGAGAUCCCAAGACUAUGCGGGAGCUGAACCCCAAGACUUUAACCUCAGGGCUUGAUGACUACCCUCGUGCCUCUCACCCGACGGCAGAUGAGCGGCACUUGGAUCUCCGAUGCUGGAUGACACUGGCCUCAGGGCUCAUGGCUGACAUUGCUAGGCUCAUUGAGAAGGAUCCAACCCGCUUUGAUGAUGCUUAUAAGUACCUCUCAGACAACAAUGUGUUGGAUGCUCUACACUGGUCUUAUGCUGCCAAUGGGUACAUGGACUUUGGUCUCCACACAGAUGAUCUCGAGCUGAGGAAACUGGCGCCGAAUGCAGAAAUGAAGCGUGUGGUUCAUGGCGACCCCAAACUGAAAUUUGUUGAUUCCUUUGGAUAUGUCAGUUUCUUCCCACUAUUUCUGCAGAUUAUCGACCCAUAUUCUGCAAAGCUUGGAAAAGUGCUGGAAGACCUCAGGCGGCAGGACCUUCUCUGGACCCCAUAUGGCUUACGGUCUUUGGCCAAAAACUCGCCCAUCUACAACAAGAGGAACACGGAGCACGACCCUCCCUACUGGCGGGGGGCCAUUUGGAUCAACAUGAAUUAUCUGGCUGUCAGGGCACUGCAUCACUACAGCAAUGUGGACGGGCCACACCAGGAGCUGGCCAGAGAGAUUUAUGUGUCCCUGCGCGAGAACGUUGUCAAAAAUGUGGUGCGGGAAUACAAAAGAACGGGCUACAUCUGGGAGCACUACAAUGACAAGACAGGCAGAGGGGAGGGCUGUCGGCCAUUCACGGGAUGGUCAGCUCUUGUUGUACUUAUGAUGGGUGAGACUUUCUAAAAGUUUCUAAAAUUUUUUUGACACUUGUUAAAAACGACGUUUGUUGUUGCGCUUACAUAGGAGGUGGGCAUUUUUUCCUGUUACUACUUUUUACUACAGAAAAAUUAUUUUGUAAUGUUUUUUCUAUGUGGUUGAUAUAAUGGCUUCAUACAUGAAGCAAAACUGAAAAGAAAAUGUGGAAUGGCAGUUUGUACAAUACUGAAAAUUGUCAGAACUGUGUUGACUGUAUUUAUUUACUUAUUUAUUUUGUUAUUGUUAUUAUGUGGUAUUACUCAUUACCAGUGUACUAAUAACAAAUGAGAUUUAGCCUCGAUAAUUUUUCUUUUCACCUUUGUUAUUUUCUCUCAUCAUUUUUAAUAUUCACAUUUAUGAGGUCUUUUUUCUUGAAUUUUCUGUGCUAUUGUGUAGAUGAAGGGAGCACUUUCUUUGAGUCUGUAGUACUUCAUGGCUGUUUCUUUUUUAUAUAAAAUAAAAAUGUAUUCUUAU